AUGGAUCUGACGGAGCUGUUAUGUUGGUUCGCCGUGCUGAACACGCUGGUCAGGUUACUGUCGUGUGACUCGAUCGCCUACCCGCUCCUGUACGAAAAGCACUGCUACAGCUGUGCCUCCGAAAACGUGCUGAAGCACUGGCAGGCGUUCAAGUACAACUACCAGCGACCGUCCAACUUCACGGCGCUAUGUCGAGAGCCGAUCAAGAGCAGCCCGUUGGUCGCCUCCGUGAUUUGCCGCGGGCCGUGCAUUACCAUAAUCGAGGAAGCUUACAUAUUCGGUAUCGUUUACCGUCACGGAGAUUGUGUAACAGGAUUCACUGAAGAGAUGUCAUACCAGUGGCCUUCGCGUCUGCACAACACCAAAAGUCUAAACUCCACUUAUGCAGUUAUGAAUAUGGCAGCGCAUCUGCCACAUCCUGCUUGCAUGCGCCUGGUAGACGUAAAGGAGUAUCGAAUCUACGUCGAUUAUUGGGUACGGCCAUUUUUCAGCAACCGUUGCAGCUUUAAACCAACGUGGACGGCAGUUGUCGGCUUAGAACAAAUCCUGAUAGUAUAA